AUGAGCCAGCCAGAAUCGUCACCAACCGACGCCCACCAACGUCUCACCUUUAGGCGUAAGCGGAAGCAAGUUGGACGAGCUUGCGAUGGCUGCAGACUUCAGCGGAUAAAAUGCGAUGACACUGUUCCCUGUCUAAAUUGCAGAACGCGCGGUCGAGAGUGCAGUAACGGCAAUGCCAAUCUAGCGCCCACUCUCCCCCAAGCUCAAGAUGAGAUCGAGAAGCUGAAACGAAGGGUGAGGGAACUGGAGGCCGAGCUAUCGCGAGAGCGCAGCUGUAAGGCAGGUCUUGUGGAUCAAACUCAAGAAAGCACACCGCCGGGCGAGUCACCUUUUUCUCAAAAGUCAGCAAAUUCAGAAAAGCCCAAGACAAAGUUCUGGGAUGGUGUGUUUCUUCGACCGGCGAGAUCGCCGCACAGUGCUUGGUUCGGGCCGUCUUCACUUUACUUCUUCACCCACCGACUCAGUACUUUCCUAAGCACCCAGACAGAUCAAAUGCUCAUCCACCUUGCGACUAAUCUGGUACUACACGAACAACCAACCGCCACACAAGAUUGUUCCAAGCUGUUAGGGCUUCUUACUGGAUUCGGUGGCGAUGCAUUCUUCUUGACUCCGAUUCAAGAAGAGUACUUCAUAAGUCUCUACUGGGAAACAUAUCACACGUCUCUCUACGCUUUCAUCGAUGAAGCAAACUUUAAAGCACAUGUCCAGUCACUCUACGUUGAUGUCCCACCAGGAUCUCAAAGGAAGUCAUCGGCCUUGGUGGACAUGGUCCUUGCCAUGUGCAUGCAAUACCAUGCUUCAGCAAAACCGUCUAGCCAGCAGAGAGAUGUUCUCGAAGGCAACGACGCGACUAUGGCUGGGCGAUGGUACUACCGAAGAGCCGAGGCACUCAUGACUUGCGAGGUGGAGAGCCCGUCUACCUCAACCUUACAAUGCCAUAUAUUAUGUGCGGUAUAUGUCUGUGGUGGAUCUUUCCAUAACAUGGCAGACACUGCGUGUUCUCUGGCUGUUCGGACGGCUUACAUGCUAGGACUCCACCUAGAUCCCCCAUCCACUUUGUCACGACGCGAGCGUGAGUCAAGAAGACGAUUGUGGUGGUCUGUUUUCGAAAUUGACACCAAAGUUGGUAUAAAGGUUGGCCGACCGUUCCUUAUUCGCGAUACACAUGAUAUGCCCGAGUUGCCAAGUGACACCUUUGAAGCUGCGAUGGAAUCAGGUUCGACAUUUGCUCCGAUUGGUGACAAUGCUACGUGGCUCAGCCUCAACUUGCAGCGAACCAAACUAUACCAGAUUGUACGGACGCUCAAUCUUGCCCUGUAUAGCAGGGAGCUUAACAUCCAUGAGGGUAACUCAGUUUAUGAUGACCCCAGCACAUUGGAGGAUCUCGCAAGCACUUGGGGUCCACAAACAUCAAGUCUCACAGAGUGGACGAAGCAGAUUCCUCAGUCUUUGAAGACUAGCCGUAAAGGAGGUACUGCGUUUUCGCAUGAUGGCUCAAUCCUCAACAUUGAACAAUAUGCACCUCUCUGGCUCCAAAGGCAGCGUUUAUGUCUGGAACUAGAAUAUCACCACGUUUGCAUCAAUCUCCACCGCCCAUUCAUCUCAUUUUCGACACCGCAGGGAAGCAUGGCGGCUGAGAUGGCAGCGAAAUGCGCCAUGCACGCUAUAGAGCUGUCCAGCAUCACCCGCCAAGUUCUGACCAACACGACCAUCCUCAAUGGCUGGCAUGAAGCGUUUCAGUGGCAGUGGAGCGCGGCAAUGACAAUGGUAGGCUUUGUCGUCGCCAACUUCCAACACCCUGUUACAACCGCGGCACGGUUUGCUAUUAAAACCGCUGUUGAAGUGUUGGAUAUUUUUUCUCGUAGCUUUGAUGCCGCAGUCAAAGCAGCCACAAUCGUGCGUACGAUGCACACCAACAUUGAGGCUGUCAUGGAGUACCUAGAUUCACAACCUGAUCAGGGAUCUAUACUGGCUAACGCGCCCGCAUCCGAUGCACUUUUGACCCAAUUCGAUGCUAUUGGGCAAGACUUUGAUCUUCUAGAUAUGGCUAUGGAUGUGGACUUUUGGGCUGAGCUAGACAUGCUUUUGCCUGGUGCUACAGCCGCAACGACUCAGACAGUGGCAUCGUGA